AAGCUGACAGAAACUUUUGUACCAAAAGACGAAACAAACUUUUCACUGUUAGCAAGACCAAAAGUUGUUCCAGACAAAGUUCUAGUACAAAAGAAGUACACAAUUCCACAAGGAGUUGGAUUGUUCGGAUACCAACCUGAACCAGAAGAACUUCCAAUGAGGUUGCAAGAACUUCAAGAUGCUAUAAACAAACUUCCAUUGAGACAUCCAAUUGACGUCAAAUUGUAUUGGAGAGCAUCUGAGUUAGGUCAGAAGGUUUUAUAUGAAACAGGUUGCUUCGACGAUGUUUAUGAGAUAACAGGAGAAGUUUCUCAGAAGAUAAGAGACUCACUUGAAUUUCCACAAACUGGACCAAUUGGUUGCGACAAGUUCGACUCAAACGAAAAGAUAUACUAUGUCGACCUUAACGCUGCAUACAUGAGGUUUGUCCAAUAUAUUCCGACUGGAAUUCCAAACGAAGAUGGUGAGUUCCCGGGAAGGAACUAUACAGUUGGAAAAGUCAUACAACAACUGUAU